AUGUCUAUUAGAGUAAUUCGGGAACCGGCCAAUGCCAAAGUCGAUAUCGUGUUUGUCCACGGCUUACAUGGCGAUCAAGCGCCGUGGACCUCCGAGGCAGAUGUCUUCUGGCCUGAAAAACUCCUCCCGGCCAAGGUAUCAGACGCAUGUAUCCUGUCCUUUGAAUAUGAGGCGACGAUCGAUUCUUUCUUUGAUGAGGAGGACGGAAUCACCGAUAUUUCCAACGACCUGAUCAACGAGCUAAUGGAUCAUCGAACUGAAAAAGAAAAGGAAGAGCGACCGAUCAUUUUUGUUGCACACUGUCUCGGGGGCACUGUUUUGGAGAAUGCCCUAGUGAGAGCUGCCGAUCAUCCCCGGAAAAAGGAACUUGUCGGCUGUGUCCACGGUAUAUUACUGCUAGGAACGCCGCACUUCCAGGCCGGAUCACUGGCGGCUGCCACCAAGUAUUUCCAACUGGCUCAGGAGGAGAUCCCGAGUGAGUCGGACCUGAAAGACAGGUCGCAGCGGCUCACUGCCAUCCCCGUGGCCUUUGCGGGCCUCAAACAAGCCGGGGCUGAUUUCGAGGUGGAGGGUUUCUACGCCGGAGCCGGGACCAAAUUGGGCGGCAAGGACGUGAAGAUCGUCGAUGAGACAUUGGCCCGAAGCCUGGAAGCUCCUCCUCCAGAGCGGCUGGCCCGCAAUCAGCUACGAUUGAGCCAGUAUGACGCCGAGGAUGACAAGGACUUCAAGAAGGUGUUGCGGAUUCUUACUCAAUGGGCGUCGAAGAUUGUUCUUCCCGAAGAGGAUAAGGGGGCGCAAAAUGUAUCUAAUACAACAUUUUCGGGGUCCCACAAUUCCGGUUUACAGCUUGGACAGAAUGUCGGCACCCUGAAGGGAUUCAGCUUUGGGAGGAGUUAA